AUGUUUGUCUUAGAUAGUAGUUUUUUUAAUAGUAGUGAACUUAUAAUAAGAAAUGUAGAACUGGUUGAAAUGAAUUAUAUCAGCUCCUAAAAUGGAUUUUUUUACAUAAAUCAAUUUAAGAAAGUAGAUAUCAGCAAUAUAACUCUAUCAUCUUUUUAGAACUUUUAGUCUUAUAAAGGAACUCUUUUUUCAAUUCAAAAUAGCAAAGAAAUAAAUAUUUUGAAUUUGUCAGUUACCAUACACCCUACUUGUUUGUUUAAAAGUUAAUUUGGUGGUUUGAUAUUUCUAAAUAGAUCUGAUAAAAUCAGUAUUAAUAAUUUAUAAUUUAACUCAUUAAAUUUGUUUAAAGAUGAAGUAUAGCAUACAGGUUAAUAAGGAGGAAUAAUAUAUGCCUAUUUAACUUAUAUGUAUGCAUUCAAUAUGUAGAAUAUUCAAGCUUACGGACCAUUCAGAUCUUCUGCUGAUGGUGCUUUUGCUUAUAUAAAUAUAGCAGAAUAAAUUAUAAUAAAAAAUGCUAUUAUAACAUAAUUUACCUCUUAGAAAAAUGGAGGAGCAUUAUUUACUAACAGCGAAAUGUGUCUAUCUAAUGUAAAAUUAAUAGGUAACAGAAGCUUUUUUUCUGGAGGUGCUAUUCAUGGCAGUAGUGUUAUUUAAGCUGAUAAUGUAUUAAUAGAAAAAAAUGAAUCUUUAUUUGGAGGCGGAAUUUACUUAAUCAACAAUUUUACUCCUAUUCAAAAUAUUACAUUUAAAGAUAAUGUAGGAUUAAUCAGAGGAAAUGACUUUUCUUAUUAUAUAGAUGAAGUUUAGAUAAUCCAAUUCUCUGAAUUUAAUAGUCAUUUAAUUCCUCCAUACUAUAUCAAAAAUUAUACAUUUAAUUAAACUCAAAAAGCUAUUUAUUAAACCGAUUAUGUUUUUAACGGUUUCACUUACUUUUUAACAAUGAAGUUUAGGAUGUUUGGUGAAUCAGAGUGGAUUGAAAAUAUUGAUAAUAAUUAUAUCGUUUAAAAUCGCUACAAUGAUUUAACUCCUGUAAUCAAUUUUGCUGAAGAUUAUAACAUAUCAUAUCCUUCAAUCAAAUAAAAUAUUUCUUUGAAUACCACUUAAUUUUUUUACUCAUUUUAGGUUUAGUAAAGAGAUAGCUAAAGUGAAUUCUUAAGUUUAAUUAACAUUUUUAAUAAUACUUAAAUGAGUUUUUUAUAUUUUACUAUAUUUUCAAAUAUAACUGACAACUGUUUAGAUGGAAUGAUACAAUCAAGAAGCUCAUUGCUACCUUCUUGUUCAUAUUGUGUAGAUUCAUUUAUUUAGAACACAUAAUCAGACAAGCCACAAACUAAAUGUCUACCUUGUUCUAAAGAUUACUUCGACUUAUGUUAAGCUGACUUUUCUUCUCUUAGAAAAGGUUAUUGGAGAUAAAACCUAACAACAGACUCUUCUCUAAUACACACUUGUUCAAUAAAUUAAUUUAAUUGCAUAGGAGGUAACUUUACAGGUAAAAAUAAAUAUUUUUUGAAUUAUUAUAAAUAGUCUUUGAAUUAUCUUUAAGUUUGA